CAGAUAUGACUGCAUCAAAGAUCACUCAGAGGAGCAUCAAGAUUCUUUGCUCUCACUAUGGAUCUUUGCAAUAUGAAAAGCUCCAGAGAGAACUCCAACAUGAUUUAUCCCUCACUGAUGUGGUUCUAAAUCAGAUGUUAAGUAACACACAGUUCUUCACUGUAGUUCAAGGAACAGGAAGCAAGCCAUCAGGGUCUAAUCUGACCUUGGACAGUUGCAUCAUUGCUACCACAUCGAUCAAGCUAUGCAAGGGCUACACCAACAAGAGCUGUCAGAACUAUCAGAACUGUCAGCACCUUCAUCUCUGCAGAUUCUUUAUUCUUGGCAUGUGCAAAUACUCCAAAGGAAGGAAAACUUGCAAGAAUUCCCACAAUAUCAAUGAUUUUCACAACAUGAGCAUCCUGUCCGCUCACGGACUUCAGAAGCUGUCGGAGAAGGAACUACGCGUGCUUCUGCUUCAGAACGACCUGGCUUUGCUUCCUGAGGUUUGCCUGUAUUACAACAGAGGCAGCAAUCAUGGUCAGUUUGGCAGUUGUACCCACAAAGAGACUUGCAAUAAGCUCCACAUUUGUUCCUACUUCAUCUUAGGGAGCUGUAAAUUUGGGGAUGGUUGCAUUCGCUCCCAUAGCUUUACAGACAACACCACCAAGCUUCUGCUCGAGAGGCUCUGUCUGGAUGAAGAACUGAUCAAAAACCUGCUGACAAUAUAUCAGAAUGGAAACCAUAUCAAAAGUCCACCCUCCACUGGUGAUGAAGAGAAGGGCGCUGCAUGUCAGCAGGCAUCCACGAGCUCCAGGGGCAAUGCGGACUCAGAAGAGAUCUGUCUGUACUUCCUCAGAAAAAACUGCAGCUACAAGGACAAGUGCAUCCGGAUUCACUGGCAUUUGCCAUACAAGUGGCAGAUCUACAACAAAACAUGGACCAACCUCGCAAACAUGGAGCAGAUUGAAAUGGCUUUCUGUGACCCAGACAAUUCCAUCAGCUUUGAGCCUUCAUCCAUUAACUUUGAGACAAUGAUGUGCGGCUCUAACCCGGUAAGACGUCUCUCCACGGCCUCCUCGGUCACUAAACCUCCAUAUUUUAUCAUGACCACAGAAUGGUUAUGGUACAAGAAAGAAAAGUUGGGCACCUGGACUGAGUAUGGAUGCCAAGAUGACCACGCUCUGCCUGUAACAUCUGCAGACCUGGAGAAUGUCUAUUUGGCCAAUAAGGAUGAAGAAAUGCCUAUUGUCAUAGGAGAAUUCAGCGACUUCCUGAGCUUUAAAGAAAUGUGCCAGAAAAAUGUGUUACAAGGUACAUCGAAUGAAGUGCGGAGGAGACCAAGAUUUAUCACUGAGGAGGAUGUAGAAAAAAAGAUCCAGGGCAAAUCACAGUCUGCACAAGUAGAAGCCAGUGCCUGUGAACCAAAAAACAUUCCUGAAAACUGGGACAAAUCAACUUUGUCAGACAUGGGAUAUCAGCGAGUUGCACUCUCUACAUUCUCCAAGGAAUAUGAAGAAAUACAGUCUCUUUUCCAGCAGACCAUGCCAACCGGCGCAAUCCAGAAAAUUGACCGGAACCAAAACCUUGGACUUUGGGAAAUAUUCCAGUGGCAGAAAGAAAGGAUGAAGAAGAGGGACAAUGGAAAGCCUGUAGAUGAGAGAUUCCUUUUCUGUAGCACAGACCCAAUGUUUGUUGAUGCAAUCUGCAACCAGAACUUUGAGUGGGGAAGCUGUGCACAGGUUGGGACUUUAUACGGAAACGGGAGGUACUUUGCCAGGGAUGCUUUGGAUUCCAAAAUGGACUUGUAUUCAGAUUUCACUGCAGACACUAGGUUCAUGUUCUUGGCACGCGUAUUGGUCGGAGAAUUCACUCAAGGACGCCCAGGUUAUCACCAACCACCACGCAAAGAUGGCAGAAACACCAAUCUAUAUGAUAGCUGCGUUGAUUUCCCCUCUGACCCAACUAUUUUUGUUAUAUUCGAGAAGUGUCAGAUAUACCCAGAAUACAUUAUAGAAUAUAUUGACUAAUACAAAUACACAAACUCAUUCCCUAUAUGUAGAAAUCAUAAGGUAACUUUCAUUUGUUAGACAACGAUAUUUUUAUAAGGUGUGAUAGGGGCAGAUUCUAUACAUUUCGCCCACGAAUAUACGGUCAAUUCACUUUACAGUCUAUU